CCAUUGCUCGUACUUCUCGUACUUGUUGUAUUCACGACAACCGCAUCAGCGGCAGGUGCAGUCCUUGGGCUCGACUUUGGCACUCUCAAUAUAAAAGCUGCCCUUAUCAAGCCUGGAGUCCCCAACGAGAUCGUUUUGACCAAGGACUCGAAACGCAAGGAGACUGCUGCUGUGGCCUUCAAGCCCCGCCGCGAUUCGUCCAACAAUGUCAUUGCUGAAGUCGGAAGCUUUCCGGAGAGAGCAUAUGGCUCCGAUGCGCUGGCGCUUCAGGGUCGGAUGCCGGGAGAGGUCUUUCCAAAUCUGAAGCCUCUACUGGGGCUGCCGUGGACGGAGGACGGAAGCCAUAAGACAGUGGAGGUCUGGAAGGGACGGUAUCCGGCGGUUCAGGUGGUGCAGGUGAAGGAGUUGGGUACCACUGUGUUCAAGAGCUCUGCAUUUGCGGAAGGCGAGGUGCCAUGGAGCGUGGAGGAGCUGUUGGCUAUGGAGCUAGCGAGCGUAAGGCGGAACGCGGAGGGUAUGGCUGGUGGCAGCGUGGAAGAUGUGGUUAUCACGAUACCAGUCUUUUACACGGCAGACGAGAAAAGAGCGAUCGAGCGAGCUGCGACAUUGGCAGGCUUUGAAGUCAAUGCGUUGAUCUCGGACGGACUUGCCGUAGGCUUAGACUACGCGAAGAGCAGGACGUUUCCGGAUGUGAGCAAAGGUGAGAAGCCGGAGUAUCAUAUUGUGUACGACAUGGGAGCGGGUUCCACAACUGCCACGCUCUUACGCUUCCAAAGUAGGAGUGUCAAAGAUGUGGGCAGAUUCAACAAGACGGUGCAGGAGGUUGCAGUUGUGGGUGCGGGCUGGGAUCGUACCUUGGGCGGCGAUGCGAUGAAUCAGGUGAUCGUUGACGACUAUGUGUCGAAGUUCUUGACGAAGCCGGUCAUGAAGAGCAGAGGCUUGAGGAUCAACGAUGUGAAGGAGAAUGGGAGGAUAAUGUCGCGGUUAUGGAAGGAGGCAGAGAAGGCAAGACAAGUCCUUUCCGCCAACACCGAGACGAGCAGCAGCUUCGAGGAAUUAAUGCCGGAGAUCGACUUCCGGACCAAGCUCACACGGUCUGGCUUCGAGGAGUUGAUGGAGUCGUUCGCUGAGCGGGUCACGCAGCCUAUUCGAGACGCUCUUUCCGCAGCCAAGAUGGAGAUGGCUGAUAUUGACAGUAUCAUUCUAUUUGGUGGUGCACUCCGAACACCAUUCGUGCAUCGCAAACUGGAAGAGAUUGCAGGCGGAAGCGCAAAGCUUCGCUCCAACGUCAACGCGGACGAGUCUGCCGUCUUCGGCGCGUCAUUCAAGGGCGCCACGCUGUCUCCGUCAUUCAAAGUCAAGGAGAUUAGAGACUCGGACAUCGCUGCUUAUGCGGCUGGCAUGACCUACACUGACGCUGGCAAGGACCGGCGACAACAGCUAUUCGUGGCUACAUCACCCGUUGGUAGUGGUAGUACGACGAAACAGAUCACCUUCAAGGACAAGGAAGAUUUCACGUUCGCGUUGUAUCAGGUUGUUGACGGCGCGGAUCGGCCGAUCACCAGGAUCCAGACAAGCAAUCUGACCGCUUCUAUCAAAGAGCUGAAGGAGCGCUUUGGAUGCGACAAGGAUGACAUUGCCACAAAGUUCAGCGUCAGGCUUAGCUCGGUUGAUGGUCUGCCGGAGGUUCUCGGCGGCACGGUCAGUUGUGAGGUCGAAGGCACUGGCAAGAGUGGGUCCCUUGUCGACUCUGCGAAGGAUUGGCUAGGCUUUGGUGGGAAGAAAGACCAGGACCCGCUAAAAGAUGAUCCAGAGGAUGCUGGGCCAGUAGAGGAGGUUGAUGCGGCUUCCUCGACAUCCGGAGCGGCCGAUGAGUCUGCGAAGGCAACCUCAGGCAGUGCUAGCACUUCCUCACCCAAGGUGCCAGAGAAGCCAAAGAAGCGGACGGAGAGCACCCCUAUCGCCUUCACCACUUCCCCAGAGGGCAACGUCCAGUCAGCGGAUGAAGAGCUCCAACGUAUGCAGGAUCGUCUCGCCGCCUUUGACCGUUCCGACCAGGCACGGCUGGCUCGCGAAGAAGCGCUCAACCAGCUCGAGUCCUACACCUACUACGUCCGUGACUUUCUGGGUAACUCCGAAUACACCUCGUACGCUACGGACGUUGUGCGUGAGCAGAUCAGGAAGCUGCUUGACACCACUCGCUCGUUCAUGGAAAGCUCGAGUGACGUGUCGAAAGCGACGGAGGCUACCUUGAGAGAUCGAUUGUCGGACCUCAAGAAGCUCGUUGAGCCAAUCCAGGCACGGCGGAAGGAGGAGCUCGCGCGACCGGAGAAGGUAGCACUGCUCAAAACGUCUUUGAACGAGACGGAGAGGCUCAUUGGCAUGAUCAAGGAGCAGAUCGCCAAGGGUAGCGAGGCAAGCAGCAAGGCUGCUCAGCUUGAGGCUAGCAAAACUGCCGCAGCAUCAUCCUCGGAGACUGAUGACCUGCUCGAAACCGGCUCGCCUUCCGCUGCAGAUGACUUUGCCGACCUUGAAGCGGAUGAUGCGCCGGCCUCGAGCUCCUCGACGAAAACAAAGUCAGAUGGCCCAAAGUACUCGAGCCCUUCGGACUUCACGCCCUACACUGCGGCUGACUUGACCGAGCUGGAAGAAGCGUAUGCUGAGACAAGGGAGUGGCUCGCUGAGAAGGAGGCGGAGCAAGACAAGCUGGGUUCGAAUGAGGAUCCAGUUCUUCUGCUGAGCGAUCUCGAGGUCAAAGGGGCCAAGCUGAGCCGUGUCAUGAGUCAUCUCGUCUACAAG